CUCCCUCUCCCACUUUUUCUCAUUCCACGGUUCCUACAUUCCUCCUCUGUCAGCUGUCACUAACUGUCGUUCCCUUCCUGUUUCUCCCCUCGUCAACCUCUCGCUGGUGGUUGCGACGGGCAUUCCUUCUUUUUGAGAAGCUUAUCACCAGCAUUCCACAUUCCUCUCAAUCGUCUCUCCACCUUCACCCCCCCGCCUAUCGCGUGGGUCAAUGCUCUAGUCUUUAGUUCGCGGCGUCAUCGUCAUCCAUCGCGAACCAUGGGCGAGUCCGAUCCCCCAUAUCUGUAUGAUAGCCCAGUCCACCACCAAACAACUUCGCCGCGAUUCUACAGCCAACCAUUCAAUCCCAAGGCCGUGACAGAGGCAAGCUGGGCUCAACCGGAACCACAACCGGAGGUCAAGGCUCCUUUGGUUGGUCUCAAUCGGCACCCGGACUCGUACUACAAUGUUCCCGAUCGGACGCGAUGGACUCCCAUGAGCCCCCACACAAAGAGUAGAGUCAUCUACGGACGUCAAAUACAAUUGGGUCUCCGCGUCCUUGCUUUGAUCGGCGCCUUAGGAUCGUUGUUCUGCUCCAUUGUGAUCAAGAAUGCAGCAACCACCGUGAUCUGGAUCGUACGCGUCGGGCCCGCCGUAGCCAUCCUGCAUAAUAUAUACAGCAUCUGGUACUUGUGGCGGUCUGCGAUCACUAGGCCUCCUGGAUCCCAGGCCAGUUACAUGCUGUUUGCGGGCACCCUCGAUCUGGGAUUGGUGCCAUAUUACAUCUUUGCAGCUUUCCUGGGCUACAGACAAUGGACCGACACUGCUUGGAAUUGGCAAAACCUGCUUAGUUCGGAAUUGGAUGUGACAACUAAGAUUGCGGAGUCUACCUUCUUGCUUAGUGUGGUCAAUGGAGGAUUGCAUCUGAUUUCGCUUGGUAUUUGCAUCUUCUUAGGUAUCAUCUUCCAUAAGAUCCGGAAGCUGCCGCCCGACAUGAACCCACUGGAAGACAAUCUCACUGCGCGUCCACUGAAGCGAAGCAAGUCGGAGAUUAUAGAGAAACACGCCAGUCUGUCUACACUGGACACGGACAUCGGGUCAAGCGAAGAGCCCCUGAUCACGGGUCCUCGGACGGUGCCUUUUAUGCACACUCGGGACAACAUGUAUCUAGAUGGCUUCAGUCGUUACCCGCCGAGUGCCUCCGACAAGAGACACUCUCAAUAUUCGCAGAAUACUCAGCGGAUGUCGCGGGCGGAGUCAGUCCCUCAGCUACCAUUCCAGCAGCCCAAUGAUAUUGCCGACGACGUCACGGUCAAUUCGCCGAUCGACAAAACCCCCGACAUCUUCACUCGCCCCACAACGACGAUCCCACAUGGCUCUCCAGUCCGUGAACCGUCGCCUGCCAUUCCUCCCCGCUCCCAAUGCGUGAGCCCGGCAUCAGACAAUUGGAUCGUGUAUCCCUCCCGGUCGGCCACUCCAGCGGAAGACGAAAAUGAACACCCGCUUCCUCGUGAACCGUCUUCUGCGUACAGCGCCGUCGAGACCCUCGCAUCCGCCAAGAACGGGGUGAUGGAAUGGUUCAGCGGCCCGCAGCGCCACGGCCAGCCUGUCGGACAGGCUAUUACAGAAGACGUCCGCGGUGAAUAUGAGUCGAUCGCCGCCAAUGAGUAUUACAGCCACAACCAUGACGAUGUUCACGAUUUCCUGUACCGCAACGGCCUCUACGACAGUGCGGAACAAGACCUCGGCGACCACCGCAUCGACAUCUUCCAGGACCAUGACCAAGAACACGACUACCUGGAUGAGGAAACCCGCAACUCCCUGCGGGUGAACCCGCUCGCCCUCAACCCUCCGACCCCGCAGCCUAAAGUCGAAGGUAUCCGCGCCGUCGCCCGUAGCCCAAGCAACAGCGGCCGCAUGGCUCUGACGGACAUUCCGAACCUAUCUCCGAACUUGCAACAAAACGAAGACGCCAGUGCUGUCGAACCCACCCCGAAGAAAAGCAAGACUUUCUACGGAGACGUCGCCUUGGCCAGAGCCGGCAGCGACCGCAGCAACAACAACAACAACAACAUCAACCGCAAGCCCAGCCUAGGCCAGAAACUCGGAAAGUUCACCAUGUCGCGCAGCCAGAAGCGCAGCGCCUACGGCGCGUUGAAGCAACACGAUGACGAUGCCAACGACUAUCUUCAAGCCGACCCCGUGACUCUUGCCGGAGACCGCAAGGGCCGCGUGGUCAGCAAUUCCGGCGCCGACUUUGGUGGUCGGGCGGUCCCAGACACACACCCCGCCGCAGAUCCCAACGCUUCCUCUUCAAUUUCCUACGGAAACUACCUCGCCGGGCUUGGGGUUGUCGGGGUCGGAAGACGCCGCGACGUCAGCGGGAAGAUCGCGGAGGAGGGCCGGGCAGAGGCUAGCAAGAAACCGGGGGUGGAGGUUAAUCCCGUCCGUGGCGACGAGAACGUGAAGCCUGUUCGUGCGGCUGGAUGGGCGAGGUUUGCUGGGUUGUAGGUGUGGCGUGAAGGGUCGACGAGCAUCGAUACUCGGUACACGGCUAUGUGAUGUGGACGGUACUUGAUGACCGAAGGGCUGACUGAUGGAUUUCUUUAUGAUUUGAUGUUUAUUGAUUUGGAUGGAUUCUGAUGAUCUAUGUGGAUGAUGAUUGAGACUUGACUGGAUUUGAUGGAUUGGGUCUCUCUCUUUACGCAGUGAUACUCCUCUUUCGUCUCUGAAUUUUAUGUAUUGUAGGUACUAUUGUACUGUACAGAACGUACAUAGUGGCUGAUUUCUCAGCACGGUGCAAAAUGAAUGGAA